AUGUUCAGACUUGCUCCUCUCCGCUCUUCAAUGAUGCACCAUAGCGGCGUGCACAUUUUGAGAUCUCAUUCGACCGUAACGCAGCUAACCUCGCUCCAAGACUUUCAAAAAGCCGUUUCCGACAAGAAACUGAGUGUUAUCGACUUCUACGCAACCUGGUGCGGACCGUGCAAGGCAAUUGCACCCCAUUACGAAAAACUCAGUGUUCAAAAUCCUACCGUAGAUUUUUACCGUGUGGACGUGGACGCAACGCCAGACGUUGCGGGUUACUGCGGGAUCAGUGCGAUGCCCACUUUCCUGCUCUCUAAAGAGAGCCAGACUGUGGGAAAAGUCGUUGGAGCCAACGUUAAAGGGCUCGAACAGGCCAUCUUGGACUUUAAAGAAUAG